CUGGAAGAAGUCGUAAAAAAGAACAAAAGAAAGAAGAUUCAGGUAGGGAUUUUUUUCUAGCUGCUAGAUAUUUUAGUAAAUUACUUUAACUUUUUAAACGAUGGCGCAUUUAAAGUAUUCAUCCCAUGCAGUUAGGAUCAGGCGUUGCCUCUGACUCCUUUUCAUCCUCAGAAUCGUCUGUUUCCAAAUCAAAACCAUCGUUUUCACCAUUAUUUAAGCAAGGCAAGUUUUGAUAUUUAGAAUUGGUUUAACGCACAACGUUGAAGCAAGGAUAACUGCCAAAAUAAUUGUUACCAUUUGCUAUACGCGGUUUUGGGAUGAUAAUGUACAGAUAUGCCACGUUUUAGCUGGGUUAUAGAUCACUUUGAAAUUGUAAAUUCUUCUUGCAAAGCAACGAAGAAUAAUUCUGAACUGAAUCAGUUUAAUUUUAUGUCCAGUCAAAUUGUUCCAUCUCACUACAUGUUAAUUUAUCUACUUUCUCAAGACCGUAAUUUUAAAAGAUGACACAAGAACUAAAUAAUCUUUGUUAAUUAUCUGUUUUAAUAACCGACGCUAGGUCGGUAAUUAUUGAUUGACGUUUGCUUUCGAAGAUCUCUUUCACCCCUAAAGCGAAUUAUUACUUGCUCCAAUUAGAAAGGAAAAACUUGUACUAGAGCAAAACUUCAUCGAAUUGUAGAAUGCACCGCUAAUUAAAUCUCUCUCUUUUAAUUGAACAGAACUUGAAAAAAAGAAUCUACGAUUAAACUUGACGCUAAAGUGCAGACGGAUAGUAAUUUUAAUGAGCACGGAUACUUAUUAUUCUCAGAGUAGUAUAUAAAUUGCAUUUGACACAAAUGAGUCCGUUUAAAUAGAAAAGACCAGUGGUGAAGUAUAUGUCAACUUUAAGGUAAAGGUUACUAUGUCUGUUAUUUCGCUAGAAACGUGUUAGUAACACUGGAAGAUGGUAGGACCUCGAAGGACCAGUAGUCUUUUUUGUAGUUGGUUUCUUUUCCUUUGUUCUUCAUUUAUUUAUAGAUUUGUUUACUAAACAAGAAGAAAACUGAAAGAAAUCUGAAAAGCCUUAAAAGAUUAGACUACUUGAGAAGCUCCUAAAUGUAGUCAAAACUGAGAAGACGAAUUCUCGAAAAUUAACAUACUUUAAGUCGGAAAAAAGAAAGAAAGCAAAAGGGAAAGAAGAAAAAGAAAAAGCAAAAAUAAGAAAGCAAAAAUCAUUUCACAGUUUAAGAAAAAGCGACGAGGAGAAAAGGGAAGACAGCGGUUUUUAAUCCACAACCACCAUGCACAGCAUGCAUAUUUUUGGAAGACAAAGAACAAAGAUGGAUACGGCAACUAAAACUUUUAAAAAGCUUGGGGUUAAAUAAGCAAAACAACCAUUUUCUAUGCGCAGCACUCUUUUUCUUGGCGCCAGAUUUAUUUCCGUUUUUCUAUUUCUUUAAUAAUAAUAAUAAUAAUUAUAAUAUUUUUUAAUUUUGAGGACGUAAACGAAAUGAAGACGAUUUUUCUUGCUCUUUCUGAUUUAGAUGCGUUAGCUAAGAUUUCAAAUCCAGGACAAAUAGUGCGAGUUGGCUGCAAAACUAGAGAUUAAGUUUAAAGGAACAGUAUCGUGCUCCGUAAGAGACGUUUACGCUACCGUUGCUGUGGAGGUUGUUACCCUCUCUAACCAGACCUGGGUAUCGUUAAAGGCACCGGAAAGUACCGGAAAGUAGUAGUUAGAUGUAACAACCAGUUGUAUUCUAGACUGUUGAGAUUCUCUACAGUUAUUAAAGGAGCUGUGUCACAGUUGUCCAGUUCAUUUUGUUAAUUAUGCCAAUUGCGCAUAAUUAUGCAUUUUUUUAAAUUAUGCCACUUGAGCGUCCUUGUUCGCUAAACUUCGCGGGACUUGAAAAAUUACUUGUAAUUGGGAAAAUCAGUUUCGUGUCAAGCAAAUAUGUCGCCCAAGCAGUACAUCGUUACAAACGACAAAAAUGAACUUUGAAAACCUCUUAGGCUAACAAGGUUUCAAAACCACCAUUGCGAUCCUUUUCAGUCUUCUUUAAGUUUUUCCAUCCGUGCUUCCUUUUGUAUUUGCUGUGUUACUUGCGUAUACCAGUUCGUUUCAUUUUUUGAGAAGUUGAGAAUUUGUAUUUUAUUUGCUACACAUAACACGAUUACAUUUAUAAAAAGAUACAAAAAAAUGUAGGAAGAAAUGGCAGGGAUGCCUAAAAGAAACUAUAAGCGGCUUGUGUUAAUUAGGCCUCCUCAAUUACAAUUUUUCAAAGAUGGCAUAAAAACUACGGAGACGGAAACGGCCGCCAUAAAUAUGCAAGUUAUUUUUGUUUCAAUCUGUGCAUGUUUGGUGGCGGUUCCUGUUUGAAUUUUGAUAAAAUUCGUGACACGGCUCCUUUAAACAGCCAACAUCCGACGGCCAUUUUCAUUUUCAGUCAUUGAAUAUCCUUUUUGUAUCUUUAAACAGGUGCACAGAAGUCAUCAAUCAUGAAAGCCCUAGUAUCUGCCCUCGUUAUUCUAAUUGUAAUGGCUGCCGUUGUAGAAAAAAGUGAAUCAUUUAUUCGGGCUGGACGAGGAAUGAUUUAUAAUCAGGGAAUGCAAUUGCCUCAACAUGUUGAUCUUCCUGAAAAUUAUGAAGAAUAUUUCUCCAAAUACAUCGAUGCCAAGCGCGCAGAACAAAUGAGCGCAAACAGAGGUUAGUUCAAUAAUUUAACUGUCAUGCAGAUCAAAAAUAUUAAGAUCUACCUUCUUGAAAUGGUUUUAGAAUUAAUUUCCAGUUUUAUUGAUCGACACUAUUACUACGGUGCGUUUCUAUUGGGCGCAGCAAUGAUGGUAUCAAACAACUGCCCACUGAGAAGUGCGCAGGUUGUAGUAGUUUUUUGACCUCUUCCUGGAUAUUACCAUAGCAACAACUGACAACAGUCUUAGUUUAAGCUUUUACCACUUAUGAAUUUAAAAAGAGUUAGUGACCCUCACUGUGCAUUGAAUUAAGCCGGUCAAUGUUAUUUUUUCCAAAGUUAAAAAAUUGUACGUGUCAAAAUGUCCCAGAGCCCCCUUAAAUUUUCCACUGCUCGAUGUGGCACUAAAGCCGCUGUUUAAUUCUCUUAUAUACUUUGUGAAAAGUUAACAGAGGGCUUGAUGAUGCACCUCAAUGAUAAUCAGCUUGAUAUUGACUUGUCUUCGCUACUAAAAUAUAAUAUUAAGGGAGUUUUAAACAGCCUAUAAGUUAUACACGUUGCUAUGGUAUUUUGAAAUGCUAAUGCUAAUGUCGUUCUGUCACGCAUUUGUAUGAUAUCAUCUAGUAUAAUAUUACAUACAUGAUACAGGAUCUGAGGCACGAUUCACGAUCCAUAUUUAAUACAAACGUAUCCUAGGAAUCGCCUUAUAAACAAUAUAAUCGCUUCUUAAGGUGGCCCGAACUUAUUUAUAUGCGUGAUGGUUAAGGUUUUGAUUCAUGUUUUUCAGCAGGAAGGAUUUAACCGAUUUCUAUGAUUUUUGGUAUCCUUAACAAAGAGUGGUCGAACUUUAAGAUAAUAUUAUUUGUAGGAAUAAAAACUUCUGAGAUAUCGGCAAAUAUUCAAAACCGCAUUGCUCUUCCACUAUUUGUGCGUCAACUUUAACAAAUGUGUCAGCGUAGCAUUUGAAGGUUAAAUUUGACCAGCAUUUUGUGCAGCGAGUUGGAUGGUCAAAGGGGCGGAUCCAGGAUUUUUCUUAGCAGGGGGUGCACCACUAACUGACUGAUGACGUAAAAACUUUUAAAAGAGAAUACGAAGAAGAGGGCUUUUGACUGGGAAAUAACAUAAUGUGAACUGCUGAGAAUACAUAUCAAACGAUAGAGCAGAUUUUGUAUGUCUGUCAAGCGACUGCACAGUGUUAAUUAGAAAGCGGCCACAGGUCAUCCCAGGGGGGGUGCGCACCCCCUGCACCCUCCCCCUGGAUCCGCCCCUGGGUCACGAUUAACUUCAAACUUGCAGAUAUAAAACUAGGGAGCUCAGAGACUUAUUUGCUGAAGUUAGGGAAAAAUCUGUCGAAGGACUUCAAAGUUUUUUACACUUUUGCAAAAAUGCGGUUUUAAACAUAUGCCGAUAUCUCUGACGUUGUUAGACCUACAAGAUAUUUUUGGACUUUAAAUGAAGAAAAGAUCAUCUUCGCAGUAAAAGACGCAACUUAAGCAAGACCAGCAGCGAUUCAAACUCUGACAAACCCCUGGUGCAGCGCUCUCACCAACUGAGCUUAUAGCAAGCCAACUGGGAGCUCGUCAUUAAAUUGGUUCGUAAUAUACGAGGGGAAUUGAUGACGACGAAUAAAAAAUAAAUUCAUACAUUCAUCAUUUAACAAUUACUUCUUUUUUCAGAUAAAGUCAUGAUGCAAAGAAGAAAUGGAAAAAGCCGAACAUGAUCAAGC